GAAGAACGCAGUUUAUUGUGUGUGAUGUCUCUCUAGCGCCUCCUCUCUUGAUCAGUUCCUCGUGCGCUCAGCGAGAGACUGCAGCUGGAGAGACAAUAACAGCGAGCCGUGCACAGUAUCCUCAUUCGGACUUGCUAUGGACCAGCAGCACGAUUUAUUGAGCUCCUCGCCCAAUAGCCACACAGCUCACUACAACUCUGGUGAUACCAUGGCAACCUCCCUUUCUGGAAUGACCAUCAACGAUCAUCACCAUGGCAACCAAUUCCAUAAGGAGAAUGGAAUUGCGGUGGGGCUGGUGAGACCAGGGGACUGUCCAAUGAAAGAGGAGUUUUCAGAAGAACAGGUGGAUGCUGAGCACAGUAAUGCUGAAGGCACCUCCUCUGCUGAGCAACAGCAAUGUGAGAGCCCCCGGGAUUCAAAACAGGAAGAGAAAGAGGAUCAGUGCCAGCCUGUAGUGGAAAUGACGAGUGCUGGAGGAACAGCACCUGCAGCUCAGUCCAAGACGAAUGGUGAUACUGAGAAGAGGGCUCCUAGUAGCAGUAGACCUCAUGCUGCCGGAACAAAGAUUCCUGCCAUGACUGCGGUUGCCAAAAAUGGAAAAGACUCUCCUAAGACCCCGGAGACCAGUGGGCACAGCAGCCCCGGCACUCCCAAAUCCCCUGCCAGCAAGGCUGCGGGUGGAAAGCCUCCAAGCACAGGAAAUGAAAUCAAGAAGGUCGCAGUGAUUCGCUCUACCCCUAAAUCUCCAAAGAACCGCUCGCCCACAUCACUGUCGGCCGCUGCCCCCCUCCCUGAUCUGAAGAACGUACGAUCCAAAAUCGGCUCCACUGACAACUUGAAGCACCAGCCUGGAGGCGGCAGGGUACAAAUUCUUGAUCAGAAGGUGGAUUUCAGUAAUGUUCAGUCCAAGUGUGGCUCCAAAGCCAACCUCAAGUAUAUGCCAGGAGGUGGAAAUGUUCAAAUUCUCGAUCAGAAGUUGGACUUAAGUAGCGUGCAGUCUAGAUGUGGUUCCAAAGAUAAUAUCAAACAUUUACCUGGAGGUGGAAAUGUCCAAAUCCUCCACAAAAAGAUUGAUCUGAGCAAUGUGCAGGCAAAGUGUGGAUCGAAAGACAACAUCCGCCACAAACCAGGUGGAGGAAACAUUGAGAUCAGGUCUGAGAAGCUUGAAUUCAAGGCUCAGUCAAAGGUCGGAUCUAUGGACAACAUUAAACACACACCUGGAGGAGGCAGCAGGAGGAUUGAGUCGCACAAACUGAUGUUCCGUGAGCAGGCCAAAGCGCGAACUGACCAUGGCGCAGAAAUCGUGUCUCUAGAGGAGUCGCCACAUGGCCUGAGCACUGUCUCCUCUUCUGGCAGCAUCAACAUGGCAGACCCCCCGCAGCUUUCCACCCUCGCUGACCAGGUGUCUGCAUCGCUGGCCAAGCAGGGCUUGUGAUUGGACCACACCACCACCAAACCACGCCCCCCAACCCCAGCCCUUCCCAUUCUCUUCUACAUACCUGACGGUAUUCUAACCUCUCUCUGAAAGUCAUUUUGUGGCCCAGAAAACAACGCCAAGUAACUUUUGGCAGUCACUGUUCGAUUUUGUAAUACUUAAGAUUUGUUAUAGGCCAAUGAAGCUUUUGAACUUUUUGAAUUUGCCUCGUCCUCCACGCCCACGGUGGACAUUUUUAACAACUGGAAAUGUCCUCUGACUGCCCUCCGUUUACUUGAUUUAAUUGCACAAAAUUACGUUUGUGUAUUUGUAUGGUUUUUGUUGACCAUUAUAUAUUUCCUUAUGCAUGAUGCCGUUUUUUGGUAGCUACUGGAUUUAGGACAGUUCAUACAGAACCCGUUUUUAUUUUCAGAGAGGAUUGUUCUCAUUUUUAAAUCAGGCUAAAAUUAGAUUGAGAUUAUGAAUAUUUAAGUCGCUUAGUAGGGCUUAAAAUGAAAAUUAGAGCAUUGUAUCUUGACUUUGAGAAAGAAAGAAACUUAAAGCCCCACAGUUUGUGUUUGAAAGGAUUUGCAAGGCUUAUGUGAAGAAAAACAGGUGCAUAACAACGCUGUUUAAAAAGUCUACAUCUCUUUCUAAAAUGGCCAUGAAAUUCAGAGUGCUUCAUAAGGAAACGUCUCUUACAGUAUUAUUCUGUGGAUGAAUAUGGGAUGUUUAUAAAAUGAAAACACUUUUUUUGUGUGCCUACUGGCAGUCUUAAUUGAAAAUGCCUCCCUUUUGUUUGUUUGCUUGUUUUCUAGCUUGGCAACUAACAGAACAUUUACCUUCCAUUUAUAUUUUUUAACAAACAUAAAAUUGUAGCUAUGUGUUUCAACCAAGUUGGACAUGUCUGCUGUUUAGGACAGUUUGAUUAGUAACAUUUUACAAUGAGGUUCAUGUUGUUGGAAUUAGACUCAUGAAAUAAUAAUCAACUAUACUUUUAAAGCAUUUAUUAAUCAUGAUAAAUGUUCAUUUCUACAUAUACUAAUGCAUUUUAACAUUUAUUUACUAACAACGAACAAUAGGAAAUAAGUUGACCUGGAAUAAAAAUUGCUGUAAAAAACGUUUCUUUUAGUUUGAUUCAAAAUGCAUUGACUGACGUCAUUGUAAAGUGUUAUUGUUUUAUUAAUAACAGGUUGCAUGUGAGAAAUCUGAACGCUAUUUAAAGUAUCUUAUGGAAAAACAACCUAUGCACCUGUAAACUUCCUCCAUAAUACUGCCAACAGUUUCUCAUUUCUCUGAUGAGAUGAAUUGCCAAGCUGUUGUGUAUUAUACAUUUUCUGGUGACAUAAACUAUAACAAGUAUUGUAUUCUUCACAGAAAGCGUCACUCGAGCACAAGCAUGCCGUUCAACUUCGAUCCGUCACGUGACCACAUCAUCCGCUUCCACUUUAUAGCUGUAAAAUGUUACGUCAAGGUCUUCUGUUUUACUGAACGAUGAUGUAAUGACCUCAGCCAGUCAUAUGGCUUAAAUUCUCUCCCCUGCACUAUCACAGAAUGUUUAAUGAGCUUUGAACCACUCCACAUGAUCUUUGCUCCUUGCAUGCAUUUCAUGUAAGCAGCCUGAGAUAUUGCGUUGCCUCUUAUACUUGCGUAUAUCCCAUAAUCGCUGAUGUGCUUAUUAGGAAUCUAUGUAGACAGUAGUGGAAAAGAGCACUACUCAGACGGCGAUCCCUGUUUUAUUUGUGUUGGAGAUGGAGCCGUGUAACUACCAUUAGAUAUUUAAUGUAUGUUUAUCGUAUGUUUAUGACUGUAUGUUUGUAUAAGGACUUGAAGAGACUUAAAAAAAAAAUAAGCAGAGGAGUUCAGAAGCCAUGCUUGCGACAUUUUAAUCUGCAUGCUGAGUUUUAACAUGAAUUGGCAACAAGUUUCUGAACGUUUUCUGACUAGGGUGUUUUUGGGAAGGUCGAGAGAGUUUGGAUAUGGGAUAAGCUGUUUGUUACGGUUUUGAUGUUGUGAUGAGAGGGGAAGUGAGUGUUCAGCGGACAGGAAGGGGAAAAGAAAGUCAGUCGGUCCUUUGGUUUAAAUGUCUCACUCUACAACCUUCGACAUGGUUCUGGGUGCAGUUUUGCCAUCCUGUUGACAUUGACUCCAUACACCAUUUUUGCAGUUGUAAAUUUUAGCUUGGGAACUUUGGUUGUCAAUAUUGUUCGUGUGUUUUAAUAAUAACUGUUUUACAAUGAUUCUUGUUGAUGUACAUGUGAAUUUGGAAAUAAAGGAUAUUAAUCAAA